AGAGAGGGAAAAAAAGCUUGAGGGAUUUAGAUGAGGAGAGACAGCACGGACAAAGCGAGAGGCAAAGGAAAAGCAGUGUGAGGGCAAAUUUCAACCAGCUAGAUUGCUGAAGAAGACGGGAGAAUGGAAGACCUCCCCACCCUCUCUUAGCUAAAACCACAUCUUCCACUUUAACAAGCUUUGCGACGGACUGGAAUUCACCCCGAGUCUCUCUGAACACCAUGGACCAGGUUAAAGGAUUAAAAGAUAACAUGGUGUCAUCCAAUGAGAACAGUCACCGGCCACUUUCAUCUAGUGAUGUGGAGGGCAUGUCACGGUGCGGUCUUAAGACCAUUUACCUCCAUAAGAACUUGCAGGGAUUUGGUUUCACUCUGCGACACUUUAUAGUCUACCCACCAGAGUCCUUCAUCCACAACGCCAAGGAUGAAGAGAAUGGAAAUGCAAUAAAAAAAUGUGCUAAGAAGUCUCAUUUGGACGCAAUGGACACCAUUUUUGUGAAGAGCAUUCAAGAAAAUAGCCCUGCUCAUCAAGCUGGGCUGUGUACCGGCGACAGGCUCGUGAAAGUGAACGGGGAGAGUAUCAUAGGAAAAACCUACUGUCAGGUGAUUAGACUCAUUCAAAACAGUGAAAACAAUUUGGAGCUCUCUGUUAUGCCAAAAGAUGAAGAUGUACUGCAGUUGGUAAGUGCGUACUCCCAGGAGACCUGCUUGAGAGACAAUGGGACAUUUUUAGUGAAGGACCAUAACCUCCCUGAGCCCCCCCUUCAUUAUUGUUCCGCCAAUCCCAAUUCCAUUGCUUCACAGCUAAGCCACAAACUUCAUAGUGCCUUUGACAACUGGCAAUGCAGACCUAUCCCGACACCUUCACUAAUGGACAACCACCAUGUUGUUGCUUCAACAAGUAACUGUACAAGAUCGCCUAAGGAUGCCAGUGAUAACUUUGUCACAAUGGUGCGACACCGUGGCCGCUCCUCUUUACCCAUCAGUGCACUCGACUUUCACUUUGCCAACCAUAAUGCUGCCAUAGCCUCGGCAACUCUGCCUCCACCGCGCAAAAUCGGCCUGCCAGCCUCUGGUCACAUUUGUACUUAUUCCUUCUGCCACCAAGCGUUGUCAGACUGGUACAGCUGCCAAGCUGAGGUUGCUGAGCACCCGUCCCCUUGCCACAGGAGUGUACCUCAGGAUUGUUUAGCAGUGCAGGGAUUGUGCUCUGGGCCUACAUAUGCUGCCAUUGUCUCUCCAGAGACGAAAAGGCGAGAGACCGUCUUGUGUCAUCAUCAAGCUCAUGAUUCCUACUUGCUUGGGGAAUGGAGUGGUAUUUCAAGACCGGGAAGCGUGUCAUGCUCAGAGAGUUUGCUGGCAGCAUAUGCAAAGUAUGAAUAUAACUAUGGCCGUUCCAUUGAAACUCUAGAAAAAGCCUCUGCAAUUGUCCCAUUGUGCUCAGACAGUUCUUCAAAAUUAAUACAAGAAAAGCAUCAAAACACUGCAGGAGGGCAUGAGCACCAAAUCAAAAGAGCCUUCCAUUUAACUGUGCCCUCCACACUGCCUCCUUGUGGUAAGCAAUCAGGUCAGCCGGUAGCUGAACCCCAAAAAAGGGGAGUGACUGAUGAGUUGGUGGGUUACGAAAAUGGCAGCCCUUCAAUGUCCCACGAAACUUACAGUCUCCCCGAACAUGCACAGACUUUAAGAGAGCCAAGCAACUGUGGCCCACACUGUAGUCCAGACAGCAGAAGCAGUGCUGCCACUAGUGAAGUAGAAAUGGUGACACAACCACAAUGGACUACCACCCUAAUUCCAUCAGAGGACAAAACUCAUAUGGGGCGCAGUGGAGAUGUAAUUUCCCCAAUCACUCUAAAACAGCCAUUGUGUCACAGAACCCUUAUUCAUACUCUUCCAAGUCCCCAGUCACCUGACACACUGAGUGAAACCCCCUCAUCUGUCUCUGGUGGUCCUGGCUCCAGUCGCAGCAGAAGUGCCAGCCUGGCGCAGCAGGCGUACAACUCCCUGUCCUCCAUUCCCUUUUUAGGCAGUAUCAAAGGACGCCGCUCUUCUUAUCUGCUGGCUAUUACUACAGAGAGAUCCAAGUCUUGUGAUGAGGGUCUUAACACCUUUAAAGAAGAGGGCCAUGUUUUCACGAAACUACCAAAAAGAGUCAAGAGCUUUUUCAUUGAUGGGUCUCUCGAGAACCUGAAAGCCCAGGAGGAGGCACGGUCCAAGCGCCACUCCACCUCGGAACUGGGAACCAUCUCUUUCAGUGACAUCUGCAAGGAGGGCUGGCUACACUACAAGCAGAUUCUUACAGACAAGGGGAAGAAAGUCGGUGGCAGCAUGCGGCCUUGGAAGCGCCUCUUUUUUGUGCUUCGUUCCUAUACGCUUUUCCUCUACAAAGACAAAAGGGAGGCUGUUCUUCAUGGGACAGGGCCUGCUUUAGGUCCAGAUGAACAUGCCCAGGUCAGCAUUCGUGGAUGCCUGGUCGACAUUGCUUAUAGCGAAACAAAGCACAAGCACACCCUGAGACUGAUGACACAGGACCUCUGUGAGUAUCUGCUCCAGGCUGAAAACAGGGAUGACAUGUUGGCAUGGAUCAAGGUUAUCAGAGAAAACGGCAAGAUUGACAAUGAGGAGAUUGGUUCCUCAAGACAGGCUCUUAUCAACAAGAAGCUGAAUGACUACAGAAAACAGAGUCUUACAGGUAACAAAGCUGAUUCUUCCCUUAAAACUCACCGUAUGAUGCCUCCCUUCCUCUUGGGUAAGAAUGACAACACGUCAAUGAAUCAAUCAUCCAAAACUGUUGACAACAAGACACCAUGGGGCAUCAAUAUCAUGAAGUCCAAGACGACAAGCUAUCCGAAGGCUUUUGGUGUGCGACUGGAGAACUGUCAGCCUGCUGUAAACUACAAAUUUGUCCCCCAGAUUGUGGAGAUGUGUUGUGGUGUGGUCGAAGCGACAGGUCUAGAGUACACUGGAAUCUACCGGGUGCCAGGAAACAAUGCCAUGGUGUCCAACCUGCAGGAACAUCUCAAUAAAGGUUUUGACAUCAACACUGCUGAGGAGAGAUGGCAGGAUUUGAAUGUAAUCAGCAGCCUACUGAAGUCAUUCUUCCGGAAACUGCCUGAGCCACUGUUUACUGACGACAAAUACACUUACUUCAUUAAUGCCAACCGGAUAGAAGACACGAGGGACCGCCUGAAGACUAUGAAAAAAUUGAUUCAUGAUCUCCCAGAUCACUACUACCAUACCCUCAAGUUCUUGGUGUGUCACCUAAAAAGGGUGGCAGAUCACUCUGAAAAAAAUAAGAUGGAGCCAAGAAACCUGGCUCUGGUGUUUGGUCCGACGCUGGUGAGGACAUCAGAGGACAAUAUGACAGAUAUGGUCACCCACAUGCCUGACCGCUACAAAAUAGUAGAGACACUAAUCCUACAUUAUGACUGGUUCUUCUCUGGCGGAGAACUUGAUAAGCAAGAGAAAGCUCCAGACGAGAAAAUGGAGCAUAUGCCGAACAUUGACCACCUGUUGUGCAACAUUGGCAGGCAAGGUAUGCCAGGAGAAACAUCAGCUGAAACAGUGGAUCAGCUUCUUCGAUUCCACCACCAGCGAUUCAGUUAAGUUGAAGCUUUCUUUGAGUGCAAUGAACACCAGCGACCUCCUGCCCAAGUCUAUCAUCUCUGCUGUGACCCGCAAACGUAAAAAAUGCCCAGUGCUCAUCUCACAGACAGGAGUUCAGAUGAGGACUUUGAGCACAAACCUAUCA